UAGUCGCAGCAGCGGAUCCGCAGGACGGAGUCCGGAGCAGCUGUCCCCGCCGCCCGCAGCCCUCCGCCGGCCACCAUGCUCAACCCGCAGCGCUCUCUGUCCGAGCUGCCCAAGAUGUCUGCAGCCAGCCAGGUGGAGCGAGCGGUGCUGGAGGAAGAGUUCAACUGGCUGCUGAAGGAGGAGGUGCACGCCGUGCUGAAGCAGCUCCAGGACGUCCUCAAGGAGGCGUCGAGGCGCUUCUCGAUGCCGUCACCGGGGAUGGAGAGUCAGCUCAAACAGGAGAACUUCAUCCUGGGCAGCUCCACGAUGGACCAGGUGAAGGGCGUGCUGACGCUGCAGGGGGAGGCUCUGACUCAGGCUGACAUCAACCUGAAGGUGGCGAAGAGCAGCCAGGCUCUCCACUUCCAGUUCCGAGAAGACAAGCAGUGGAAGCUGCAGCAGAUCCAGGACGCCAGGAACCACGUGAACCAGGCCCUGCAGCUGCUGAGCAGCCGUGACGACAGCUACCGCUUCAAGACGGGCGCCGAGGUCAACAAGCUGAUGGACGCCGUGAUGCUGCAGCUGACGCGAGCGCGAAACCGCCUCACCACGCCGGCCUCCAUGACGCUGUCCGAACUCGCCACCAGCGGACUGAUGAAAAUGUUCUCGCCGCCGAUGCCCGGAGACGUCAUGGUCAACUUCUACAUCAACCUCAGCAAGCUGUGUCUGACGGUGUACCAGCUGCACACGCUGCCUCCCAACACCACCAAGAACUUCAAGCCAGCUGGGAGCUCGGUGCUGCACAACCCCGGAGCCAUGUUCGAACUCAACACCAACCGCUUCGAGGUGAGCCACGUGCACAAGGUGGAGUGUGUGGUGCCCUGGCUCAACGACACGCUGGUGUUCUUCACCAUCUCGCUGCAGCUGUGCCAGCAGCUCAAGGACAAGAUCUCCGUCUUCUCCAGUUUCUGGAACUACAGGCCCUUCUGAUGCCCCGGCCGGCCGGCCGCUCCGCCCCGGCGCCGCGGCGGAGCCUGUGUUUAUGUACAUACCGAUCAGUCCAGUGUUGCAUGUUGAAGGUUUGAGCGCGUUCCCGCUCCGUCAGCGGCUGGAAGUCCUGAGGCACGAGGACGGGUUCCACAGUUUGUCCGUUAAACACUACAGAGAGGAGAAGUGAGGUCCGCUCUCAGCGCGGGGGAAGAAGCUUUUCAUGUAGUUUUAGCCUUUGUUUUCCACCGUGGGAGCUUGAACACGAACCGGCUCGCUGCGCAGGGCGGGGUCCACAUCCAGAUCAGACGUGAUGCACUUUGAGUUUUAGCUCGGUUAACUGUCACAUAUCAGGGAUGUUCAGUGUCUCCUGAAGGGAAACAGGUCGGCUGUGAGGAGACGCCAGUGUGUGUGUGUGUGUGUGUGUGUGCGUGCGUGUGUGUGAGCGUGCGUGCGUGUGUGUGCGUGUGUGUGUGCGUGCGUGCGUGCGUGUGUGUGUUUCAUCUUUCAGAUAGUACUGCAGGACAGGAGGGAUGUUCACCUGUAUUCACCCGAACAAACACUCUGUUUCACAUUCCAUUGGCCAAAAGACCAGUUCUGGGCAUUCUGGGUAUUUACUGCAGCUUCAGCUGCUUCAGAGUUUCAUUAAAACCUCGUUCUGCAUGUGGAGACCGGGUGUUUUCAGCAUUUCAUGUAUUUUUCUUUGGAAAUAGCGACUUAUUGAAACUGUAAUUUUCAUUUUAAGUGUUAAUUUAAUCGGAUUUUGUGGAGAGAUGUGAAAGUUCCUGAUGUGUUCAGUACUUGAUUGCAGUAGAACAUUUCCAGCUUGGUGUUUGAUUUCUGCUUUAAUCCUCUCCCGGUUGUGCGUGUGACAUUACUGAAGAAAAUCAAUCUGCUCCACAUCAACGCGGUGGAGAGUUAAAGGCGCUGCGUGUCCGUUAGCUGUAAUUCCACCCUGUCCAGCAGGGGGCAGCAGAGAGACUCUGCAGGAAGCAGGUUGUCUUCAGUCCAGGUUUCUACUUUAACUUAUUCAAUCCUCCGUUCUCUGUGUUUUCUUUUAACUGGACUGAGGUGGAUUCAUUUGCUGGAUUAGCCUGAGCUAGCUGGUUAGCAUGCUAACAUCAGAACUGACCCAGCUCAAACAUCAUGACUGGUUUUGUUUUUUAAACAAUUCGUUGUGACAUUUUGGUCUUUGUUCAGCUUCUUCCCUGAACUUGAUGGCCGUGCUGCUCAGCAGGACUUAGAGAUUUGAGCUCUUGUGGGUUUUGUCCCUGAUGAGCGGUCUCUGGACGGCUGGACGACGAGUUUUGUUUGGUCGCGGUGCAGUUGGGUCCGUCUCUCAUUCAGAUUUUUCCUUUGUUGAUUCGUUGAGUGAAUCCGACUCACAUUCCUGAUGGAUAAGCUACUCGUCUCGGUGUUUGUAUUUAUUCGCUCGGUGUGCGACGGCUCCCUGUGAAGAUGAUCCAUGAACAAACUGCUCCGAUCCACUAAGUGUUAGCCUGUUUGAAAACGCUGCCUGUUGUAUGAAAUGUGAUUAAACUGUGCAAUAAAACCAUGUGAAGUUCA